UUUGCUCAUUAUAUAGCAAGACGAUGAUAUUACAUAAAUUGUCGACAGAAUUGAAAAUUGUGUUGCUUGGAAGAAAUAAGCCUUAACAUUGUAUCUCAUAACAAUAGUCAACUGCUAUGCUUUUGUUGGAAGAUAGAAACAAUGUAACACUAGCUUUUAGUAGACCUUUAGUGUCAGAAUCCAUAAGGUCAUGUUUGUAGAGUAAAAUGUUCAGGAGACUUGAAGAAACUCAACUGCUCAGAUUCACUGAAUGGAAGGCCAGGAUGUACACAUCAUGUAUGAUGCACUUUUUCAAGUCUGUUAUGUUCACAUGGCCCAUCACACAAUCAGAAAACAAGUUGAUAUUUCAGAUAUGUGCCUACAGCUGGAGGACUAAAAUAUUUGUUCUUACUAAUUGAUCUUAAAGACAAAGCUGCCUAUGUAGUAAAUUGUUAGCCCCCAAUCGGGUGCAGUAAUAAGAUAAAUGGAUGCUUUAUUCAACGUGUGUUGACAAUGGUUGAAAUUAUUGAAAGGAAAACAUUACUGGCUGUGGCUAGAUAUGUUUAUAAUAACUUGAAUGUCAUGUCUUUAGAAAGUUUUGGGCUUGAACUUAUUUAAAAAUGUAACACAACUGGAGAAUAUUUCUGUUGCAAAAAAAUUCUACCACUGUGUAACCAUGGUAACAGUCCAUCCAUGGAAAUUUGUGGGUGGGAUUAGAUGAACAUUUCUCAGAAUGAAGCAAAAUCUACAGCAACAGAGGUAUUGACAGCCUUUACAACCUGACCAUGUUUCACUCCUCUCAUAUUCACAUGCCCAAUCGGCAUAGGCAGAGGUGUGCCCUGCGGACAUUUUUCCCAUCUUCCUCCUUCAGCCCGCCUGACUCCAAAGAACCACUACGUAGGGGAAUUCUUUUCUCUAGCAUUGCCACCAUUCUUCUGCUGGUGGGAGCCAUCCUCACGUGGCUUGGUUUUAAUGAUGUCUUUGGGGGUAAAAUUUCAAUGACUGGUCCACUGCUGAUUGCCUUAGCCCUACUGAUGUUGUUGUUGUCUUUCCGACAAUUUUUACUGGCUCGGAAAAGAAAUAGAACCUCCAAUUUAUCAGUGCAGAUGGAAAAUAUGAAUAAUGAUGGUGGAGCACCGGCCUAUGCAGAGAGUGAAGAUGUGAACGGUACGGCCACCAUUGUUGUUGAAAACUGGGAUGGGGAGGACAUGUACACCAAUGAGCUACACAUCACUGCCAGGAACCAAGAUGAGCUGGCCCCGCCCUCGUACACAGACAUUGCCCACAGCUACAGCAGCAACUGUCCCAGUUUCUUCAGCCAUGAUGACCAGAACGAGGCCCCUCCCACGUACGAUGAAAUAUGUGCUAGAAUGUUCUCAUACGGAAGUGAAUCUAGCAUUUCAAAUUUGGAAUUCUCCCAGACUAUCUCUCCAGUAGAACUGCUACAGAAAAACCUGCGUACUCAUGACGGAGAAACAGACAGUGGCGGUUUCAGUCAAUCGCUAGGUGAGACUGGGGGUGGGGUGGGUUCACACCUACCUGCAACCUCCCAUCUACCUGGGGGCGCUCAACAAAACUCGGAGACUUCACCCAGGAACAGAAACUUAUCUUUAAUUAUUUCCAGCAGUGAUAAUGAAGAAGCCGUGGAGCAUUCAGCGCAGUGUUGCCAAAGGUCCUUCUCAUCAAUUCCAUCCUACACCUGCCUGCUGAGUGAGUCAGGGGAGGUCUCAGCACAGGUCUACAACACAUCCUCCAUCAUUGAAGAAAUGAUGCCGCCUGCCAAGGACCAACAGCUGAUGAGCGAGCCGUCCAGCGUGCCGGCCCGCUCUCACUCAAUGUCCUCCGUCUUUGUGCCCAGGCAGGGAGUCCCCUACACCAACAUCCAUCUUCCACCCCUCCCCACAAGUGCAAUACUAGACGAGCCAAACGAGCAAGAGCCACCGCCCCACUUGUCAAGUAGCAAUCAGAGUGAGAACAUAUCCCAUCCAUUAUCUCCCUGCUAUGGCUGUCAGUUUAGAAAGGCCAGCGACUCAAACAUACUAGAUCUGAAGCACUCGGCGUUUUUAAACCAUGCAUCCCCCCAGCGCGGCCAUUCUUUGGAGUUCCACUCAAACUUUACCGUCAAUGCCCCGCCCAAUGUGGUGGGUGCACCAACUGUUACCCGACACAGCAGCUCGUCACUGGCACCACAGCAGGCACUCAGUGACUCUGGUCUUAAAGCCACCUCCCCCCCAGCCUUACAGCACAGAGCAAGCUUGAAGACGCCAGAUGUACAGGAAACUAUAUAGGCAGUGAAUUGUUUCAUCCAUUGUCUAGAUAAAUAAGUUACAGGA